AUGGCUAUUUUAUUUGCACAUACCAUCUCCAAGGCGAUAUGUGUUAUAGUGAUUAUUUGCCUCUCAAUAGAGACAAUUCAAACGAGUAUAACACAGCACACUGACAGCAAGAAAUAUUUUGGUUCGAUCUUGGUCAAUGCCCAAGAAAAAGACAAGAGAAUGGCGGCAUCGAUAUCAAAGGUUUUACUCAAACGCGACCAACGGCGAAAUUUCGAAACUGACGUGGACGAAACAUACUUCAAAAACACCGACACAUUGCGCCCAGAAUCACGAGAAAGAUCACCAAAGCUUAGAUCAAAAAGACGUGUUUUUGGUAAAGAUGAACGCCUCAAAGUGCCAAAGAGCCGCAUUCAAGAAUGCCCCUUUUCAGCCUCGGUAAUACUUUCUACCGGUUGCUCUGGAACGCUUAUUUCGCCAAGACACGUCCUGACCUCAGCCCAUUGCCUUCACAAUGGCAGUAAUUACGUCAGUGGAUACAGAAAUUUAAGAGUGGGGUUCCUGUUGCAAAAUGGAACCACAGUUUGGCAAAAUAUAAGCAGUACUAAGAUGCCGAGAGAGUGGAAAGCUGGACACGACAAGAAUGCCAUUAAGUACGACUAUGCCUUAAUCAGACUGAAGAAAAACCACAAUCGCUGUUGGUUACCCAUUGCUCCGAGUACAACCUUCCCAUAUAGAAAUGGUUGCGCGCACAGAUAUAUUCAUUUCACAGCAUUUGAUGAAGACAGAAGGGAAGGCACUAUGCUCUACAGGUACGAUGCGAUACGUUUUUCGACACAGUAGUACGGCUACGAUUACAGGGGGCUGGUUGCAAAUAAAGCCAAAAAAAAUCACCUAAGCAGAAGCCCAGGCUUGAGUCGUUCUUUUCAGAAACGUUUCGGACCUCUUUAUAGCGGAAACAACAACAGAAAUAAUUACAAUUAUAUUUUUUUCAUACUUCAUAUACCUGACGGUACAGUUUUAACUGACGAUUGGAGCCUCCUCAUAUAGGCCAUAAUUAGGAGUGCCCUCCUCCGAAGUGGGGGGGAGCAAACUCUUUUUAUGGACCGAAAGGUAUUUUGGUAUUUUUCUCUCGUCUUGGCGGCAACCACUUUGUGAGAACCUUUAGGAAAAAAUAAAAUCAAAAAAAGAGUUAAGUAUCACUAUAAAUUUGUUAUCAUGUAAGGAAAACUCCCCUGUAUAAGCCUAUCGGUUUGUCUAGGCGUCUUCCCUAUUUCUGUGUCCGAUUUAGUUCUUUGUUAAUCCUCUUUCUACCCGUAAAUUCAUCUGACCUGUGGUAAUACAAUUGGACCUCCACUAACGGCUACCUCUUUACAACGGCCCCUUUCGCACGCCCCGAAAAAUUUAAAUCAUGUUUUUUUUUUCUUUCUCUAUGUCUUUUAGAGGAUGCCGAGUUUCGGAUUUUGAUUCCAACAUGUUGUUCCAUUGCUGCGACGCCAUAGAGGGGUCUUCUGGUGCAGGGGUUUAUGAGAAACAGCUGCAUAACGGCGUCAAAAAGCGUUAUGUUAUUGGCGUAAAUUCUGGGAAUCGUGACGUACGAAGAAGGACCCGCCCUCUAUUGCCUUGCCAUGUGCCUAUUCGUUUCCUCGGCAUCUACACACUGAAUUAUAACGCUGCUCUUCGUUUAAGACACAGCGAUGUUUUUCACAUUUGCACCUGGAUGAAGCGUCUUGGUGGCGAGACGUGCAAACGUAUCAUUAAAGAAAGAAAACGACGUCGGCGACAAUCAAGACAACGCCGCGAGAGGAACAGAGACAGGCAGUGUGAGAACAUGCUGUAG